GACAGAGGCAGUAACAACAGAAGAGGAGACACCACAAACACAAACAGUGUUGGGAUGCGGACAGUCCAUGUUGCGUACGGAGCUCCGGGCUCGUCAUGUAGGCUGUGUGGCCGCAGUGGUGGUCGCUGACUGGCGGCUACUAACCGCAGGAGCAGAGAGGCUAAGCUUGGCUCGGCUCGGCUCGGCUCAGCUCGGCUCGGCUCAGCUCAGCUCCCUGUCAUCUCUCGGUGUGUUUCCCCCUGCUGCUCCCUGGAAGCUCCAGCAACUCAAGGUCAAAUGGUUUUUACUGCAGCGGCUACACUAGAGCGCAGGACCAGGGCAUGGAUAUAUCUGAACUGGAGUUGGUUCAGAUAAUAAUAAUCCUCCUGGUGAUGACCCUCGUCGUAGUCAUGAUCAUCUGUCUUCUCAGCCAUUAUUGGCUGCCGGCCUUGGCCUUGAUCAGCAGGUUCAGCCACAGUCAGAGAGACCAGGCUACACAGACGGUGCUGCACAGCCGUCUCCACAGCGACCUGCCGCCCUUCAUGCAGCAGCAGCAGCGGCGCGAGCGGCAGCAGCAGCAGCUGUAUCGCCUGCAGCCCACCUUUCCGUACCUGCGACAGGAAAUCAUCGACCUCCCUCCCGUCAUCUGCCUGUCAGACGGCGAGGAGCUGCUCCCGUACAAAGGCCCCUGCAGUCUGCAGCUGCGUGACCCCGAGCAGCAGCUGGAGCUGCGGCGAGCGACGGUGUGCGCUCCGCCAAACCGGACUGUGUUUGACAUCGACCUCGUGGAUAUUUACGCGCACAGAAAGAGCGCGCCGGAACCCGGAGGUGACGACACCGGUGUGAAAAUGGAGGAUCCGCCGCCGUCCUACAGUGAGGUGAUGUUGGACCGCUCCACACGUGCAGACGGCAGGUCAGAACAUGACGGCUCACUGACGGACGUUCACACUGACAGCACUGACUCGUACAGCUGAGGAGGACGAGGAACUGAACUGACGGUCCCUGCUCUCGCCUGAAGGGGGAGCAGUCGACCGAAUACACAUGACGAACAGAGCGUUUGAAUCGGCUGCUAAAGUGUUUGCUUGGUUGUCUAUUUUUGUAUGUUUUGCUGACACUGUGAAUAUCCUGAAUGUUUUUAAACAAAUCCCUCACCGAUCCAGGACUUGAGAUACAGACUAUGUUCACAUCACCAGACUGAAGUGAAUUAUGCUUCAUUUUGGACGAUACCACUUUUUUUGCGUCCGAUACCAAUGUCACAACUCGGGUAUCGAGCGAUACCGAUGAUAGUCCGAUACAUUUCCUUUUUAGAGCGUUUAUAAGUCAUUUGUGCCGAGUCAUUUC